AGACUGAUAAUUAAGUAAGCAAUCGGAUUUGCUACUAUUUUUUACGUGUAUUAGUAAUUUAUGUUUGCUAGGUUUGUUAUCACUAAAGAACGUCAAUCGAGAAUUAACAUGUUUUUAUUGACGUAAAUAAAUGAUAUAAAUUGCUAGGAAGUUGAAAUUUAACUUCAGUCCUUUUUUACAAGUGUAUCAAAGAUAAAUUUUGAAGAGUUUAGUGGAAUUUAUUGAGAAUAUUCAUUAUCCUGAAAUAAAAAUAAAAUGGCAAGAAAAAGUUUCGUUCGUAUAAUUUCAAUGAUAGUUUUUAUUGGAAUGAUCUUUUGCUCAACUGACGGAGCUCCGCCAAUUACCGCAGCUUUUAUUGAUUCCAAUAAUGAUCUUUUGUCACAAAUUUCAAACGGAAGAUCAGAACCAGAGAAGCUUAUCCGCAAGCCUCGGUCAUCAGGCCUAGAAGAACUCGAAGAUGAAGCUGAAGACGAUCUGGAAACAGCUGCUGGUACUAAUUUAAUGCGACCGCUCUUUGUUUAUCGGCAACAAAUGGAAUCUCGCGCUCGCCAGAAUAGAAAAGCUAUUGACAGACGUCACGCGUUAUUCUACUGAAUAUUGAGUGAUAGAUAAUUAGUUUAAGAUAGAUAAUAAGACUGAUGGAGAAUUAAGUGAGAAAGAACAAUUUUUUUCGAGUGAAUUAACUGCUAUAUGUGAAGGUCGUUAGUUUUUUAUAUUUUUGAAUAAAUAUUAUAUGUAUUAGUAGGUAAUUGAAUAAAAAAUAAUUGAAU